AUGUCUCAAGUACAAAGUUCCGGAUUGGCGGACCUUGAAAAAGAGCUGGUAUGCUCGAUUUGUACCGAACUCCUCUACCAGCCCCUCACUCUCCUCGACUGCCUCCACACGUUCUGCGGAUCCUGCGUGAAAGAAUGGUUCUCCGCACAAGGGUCGCGUCGCUCCCGUGCCUCGCCCCGAUUCACCUGCCCAUCUUGUCGCGCUGAAGUGCGCGACACCCGCCCAAAUGCCACCGUCACGACCUUGCUGGACAUGGUCCUGAGCGCGCACCCAGAUCGUGCCAGAGCGACAGAUGAAAAGGCAGAAAUAGCUACGAGAUACACACAGGGCGAGUCGGUAUUUCCGGCACUUCCUUCGGGCGGAGAGAGCGCGGAAGAGGAUGGUGAGGAUGAUAGACGCAUUCUGGAGGAGGUACGCGAGCUGAGUCUACGCGAAAGCCGGGCACAAGCUAGGCGCGAGACCCGGCGGACGGGCCACUCUUCGCGGACGCGUGAGAGGAGCACCAAUGCCGAGAGGCCUGCGGAGGACGGCCGGUCAAGGCGUCGGAGGGAUGACGAUACGACGCGGCAGCAACGUACAUUACGGCCCGAUGAUUCGGACCGCACGCGACGAGUCGAGCAUCAAUCUAGUCUGCGGUCAUUACUGAGUUUGUCAACUGAUGCGGAGACUAUGGAGGCAGAGAUCUUGCGGCAAAUUCUCGAGGACGGAUUACUGGACGAUAUUAAUCUUGAUAAUCUUGGGCCAAGACAAGAAGAGGAACUCAGUGAACGCAUCGCGGAGGCUUACCGUCGGAGACAUAUGCGAACAUCGCAGUCUCGCCAGCGACAAGAACAGGGACGAGAACAGCGGCAAGAGGCUGACGGAGCUGCGCGAACACAUGCGAGGUCCGAGUCCGCCCACAGGACUGCGGAACCAACAGCGGCUACCCGAGAACACAAUAUUAGACGACCGCCAGUUUCCAGACCGCAUCUGUUCGAUUCAGCUCCCACGCGGCCGAGCAUCGCAGGCCAUCAAAGGCGCAACUCGGAACAAGUGGCUGGGCGCCGACGGACCUCGCCUGUCCGAACAAAUCAGGCGUCUGCGUCAGAUGAAGCCAUAAGGCCUGCUGCCCGAUCCUCGAGUGAUAUCACUGCGGAUCGCCACGUCUCUCAGGCUGGGCGCUUACGAUCAGAAUCAUCAUCAGCCAGGCCGCGACGGGCCACAGAGUCAGAACAGAAUAUCUCUAGAGCAUGGGUGUCCGGAGGACGAGAACGAAGCUCUUCUAGACAGGCCACGACGCAAUCAGCCAUGAACUCUCCCACUUCUAGCGCUGCGCCUUCAAAUUCAUCCCGCCAUUCGACUCCCACGGACCACAGCCUUCCGUCAUUAUCUUCGCCCCUUGUUCCAGUUCGAUCAGAAAGACGAACAAGACCAUCUUCGUCCCGAUCGAAUGUUCCUGCAUCUCCCACUGUACUAUUCCCCGAGCCGUCCAUCUCCUGUGACCGUUGCGGAAAGAACAACAUCCAAUAUAAUCUACAUAAAAAAUGCACAAGUUGCAAGGAAGGAAACUUCCACCUUUGUCUACGAUGUUACCGCUUGGGUCGUGGCUGUCUUCGAUGGAACGGAUUUGGUCCAUCCGCACAUACGACCUUUCAACGAAUCAUAUCGUCGUCUACUCGACGCCCUAUACAAAUUAAUGACCCAGGCCAUGUGCUAAUGUGGUUCAAAUACCAGCGGCCCUCCGAGACUGCCCAUCAAACCAUGAGCGGAGAAAGACUAAUGACCAGCGACAACCUAGUCCGCCGGCUACAAAGCGGUCUCUUCUGUGAUACAUGUCAAUCGUCGACAAACGAUUGUUUUUGGAAAUGCAACCAGUGCAACGAGGGAGAUUGGGGUUUCUGUAACUCCUGCGUCAACCAAGGACGAUGCUGCACCCACUCCCUGUUACCCAUCCGGCGCAUUACCCAUAGUCCACCCCCAUCAGCAUCCACCACACCACCGCCGGCUGGAUCAAAUACCCUCCCCACAUCAUCCGAGAUCGAGAGCUUCAAAAUUCUCUCAUUCUCAACAAACUGCGAUAUCUGCACAUACCCAAUCCCAGCCUCAAAUACUCGAUACCAUUGCUUGGAAUGCAAUAGCGGUGACUACGACGUCUGUACAAACUGUUACCUCAAACUCGUGGCAACGGGCAAAAUCAACAAAGAGAACGGGCACAACGGCUGGCGCCGCUGCCUCGCCGGCCACCGCAUGAUAGUAGUCGGCUUUGAAGACCACGAAGAAGGCCAGCGCCGCGUCAUUGUCCGCGAUCUUGUGGGUGGCCGCGCCCUGAAAGACGAGCACGUAGCACAAUCACAACUACAAUCACCAACUUCCUCCCCAGCAACCGGCGGCCCCGUUGCAUCCCCAGAGCUAGGAACCGGUGACUGGAGCUGGAAGGACGGCCCCGAGCGCCGUAAGAAAGCAUCCCGUCUGCGCGGCGGGCCUGCCCCCACGAACAGUACCAACGGAAGCACUGUCUCUGCUUCUGAUCCCUCGAAUCCACCGCAUUCCAGUGCCACCGCAACUCCGACCCAGGGUAUUCUGCCUUUCCGCCGGUUCCCGCCUGAUGGUGGUGUCGGGCUCGUCGUUCACGCUCUGUGGUCCUGGUACCCAGAAGAUGAAGUCGAAGACGAGCUUGUUUUCCCGCGCGGUGCGCAUAUCACCGAGUCGGAGAAUAUCAACGACGAUUGGUUCUGGGGAUGCUAUGCUGGUCGAACGGGACUGUUUCCUGGUUCGCAUGUUGAAUUCGUCAGGGAGGUCCAUAGGUAA